AGUAGUAAUAAUAUUAUUGGAAUGGAGAGCGCAAAUCUGGAGUUCUGGUGGUAGGAAGCCGUCGCUCCGAAGUGUGACUCAUCGGUAUUUGAAAGUAGUAACACUAAAACAGGAAUUUUGUACUUCUCAUUCCGAUGGCGACGAGGGGGGCUAUCCUGGCUGCGAUAGCCGAUGGCGCGGUUACCUUCAUGUGGGUUUUCUGCGCAUCUUCUCUGGGAGCUCUGACCUACAUCUUCUCUUCCGCUCUCGGUGUGGCCCACGCUCUCCCUGCCCUUCUCAUCACCACUCUGCUCGUGUUCCUCCUCUUGUUCUCGUUUGGAUUCAUUGGCCAUCUUUUGGGUGGCGCAUCGUUCAAUCCCACCGCCACCGCCGCCUUUUACGCGGCCGGUUUUGGUGGCCCCGAUUCUCUCGUCACUGCUGCCAUCCGCUUUCCCGUGCAGGCAGCUGGUGCUGUGGGUGGUGCUCUGGCAAUUUUGGAGGUUAUGCCGAUGCAUUACAAACAUAUGCUUGAUGGCCCAUCUUUGAAGGUUGACUUGCACACUGGAGCAAUAGCAGAGGGCGUUUUGACUUUCACCAUAUCCUUUGCAGCCCUCCUCAUUGUGAUUAGAGGCCCCAGCAGCCCACUCAUUAAGAAUUGGUUGCUUGCUAUGGUAACUGUGGCCUUGGUAAUUGCGGGUUCCAGUUACACAGGACCUUCUAUGAAUCCUGCUAACGCAUUUGGCUGGGCAUACAUCAAUAAUAAGCACAAUACAUGGGAGCAAUUCUAUGUGUAUUGGAUCUCACCCUUCAUUGGAGCCAUACUUGCUGCAUGGGUUUUCCGUUUUCUGUUUCCUCCUCCAGUCAAGCAGAAGAAAGCGUGAGGGGCCCUCAUAUUACUUGGUAGUAUAAGAAGCUUCAUGGACAAACAUAGGUCCACACUAUCCAUUUUCAUCUUUAAUAAUAUUGGUGACAUUUGGAUUUCAUUUCUCCAACCUUUAAUAAUGGUUGUUAUGACAUGUAAAGUUGUGUUCAA